AUGGCAUCACAAAUAUUCACCUCCUCUCCUAGCCUCAGAACUCCAUUGAAACAUGAAAAAAUCAUUGACACAUACACCAAACUGUGCAAUAAUUCAAACUGCAUCAUUAACACAGACACCCUCUUUCCUUUUACGUCAACUCCCUACUGGCAAUGGUCCCCUAAAAUAAAUACGCAACUCCUCCAUUUCAAAAAGGAUAGCACCUCUCACACAACUAUUAUAGCAAACUUUAAUGACAUUUUGCACACCGAAUUUCAAGAUUUUAAUCAUAUCUAUACCGAUGCCUCCAAAACCUCUGUCGGAGUAGGAUUCGCUUACUCUACAAGCCACUCCUCAAAACGAUUUAAGCUCCUCCCUGAAGCCAGCAUAUUCACAGCGGAAACCCAAGCUAUCAAAGAAGCCAUAAUGUUCGGAAAGUCAACAUUAUCAAAUAAAAUCUUAAUAAUCAGCGACUCCCUAAGUGCCCUUCUAGCAAUCGAAGCACCGAACCCCUCUAAUGAGAUAAUCUGUCAAAUACAUAAUAUCAUCACAUCGACCCAUAAAUCAAUCGAAUUCAUGUGGGUUCCCUCACAUACGGGCAUUCCUGGAAAUGAAAAAGUAGAUAUACUAGCAAACGAGGCAAUCACCUCGUCCUCAUCCUCAACCAUUACCACCCUCCCAUUCCAAGACGUCAAAAGAUGUAUAAAUAUACAUACUUCCAAUAUGUGGCAAACAUCCUGGGAUGAAAUACCAAUCACCAAUAAACUUAAAUCAAUUAAAAAGAAAAUCACUAAAUGGUACACUCAGCCCAAUGCCUCCAGACGAUCCGAAAUCAUCAAUACCAGAACAAGAAUCGGCCAUACCAAUCUCACCCACAUUCACAUCAUAAAACAUGAAGAACAACCUCUCUGUAGCCAAUGUAACGAACCACUCUCAAUCAAACAUAUAGUCUUAGACUGCCCGCUAUAUGUCAACGAAAGAAACAUCCUUAACCAACCAUCAACGAUGGAGGAAGCUCUAGGAGAACAUAACACGCACUUGAUCCAUACCUUCUUCAAAUCCAUCGGCAUUGACACAAAAAUUUAA